AUGGUUUCUGCCUCGUUCCUCUGCGGCCUAGCUACCGCACCAUGGCCCAUUCUCAAGACAGUGCUCCAGUUCUACACCACCGGCACCACAUACACAAGGGCGGACCCGGAGUUCAAAAACUCCCUCCGCUGCAACAUCGUCUUUGCCUUGAUGAGCCACAUGGGCGACUACGUCACGCAGCACGAUUUCCAGGCUUUUGCUAAACCCGUCGAUUUCAAGCAAUUGGAGCCGCCGUUGAACCAGGAACCCAGUCUAGGCGAGCUCGUGGCAGACAAGGACAACUUGACGUGGGUGCUGCGGCCCGAAAACGCCAAAAAAGCCAUACUUUUCUUCCACGGCGGCGGCUACGCCAUGCCUCUUCUAAUCGGCAUGGUCCAGGGAAUCCUCGCCUUGCGCUACGCCCUAGCCUCGCGCGACAAGUACGCUAUCGCCUUGCUCGACUACCUGGUGACUGCUUGCGACAAAACGUACCCCACGCAGAUCCACGAGGCCACCGACGCCUACAAAAAAUUGUCCGAUUUGGGCUACGACGUGGUGAUGCACGGCGACUCCGCCGGCGGCAACUUGGCGCUAGCGGUGGCCCGUUUUUUCUCCUACCCUGACGAGGCCAGGGCCCAUUUUUCGCAGUACCGCCAGUUUUCGUGGAGUUUCGAUGCGCCCGCUCCGCAGCACAUGGUGCUUAUUUCGCCCUGGGUGCAACCGUCCAAGGCGCCACAGCGCACGCCGGGGGUUGACCAUUCCGGCGACUCCAGCCCUCGAAAAGCAGAUAUGGGAAAUUGGUACUUGGGUUCGGAAAAAUACAGUGAAGUGUGGCCGUUUGUGGAUUUCGAGCAGACGAACUACGAGGAGCACUGGGCUCAGGUUCCCGCUUUCAACGGGCUGGGGAGUGCUCUUUUGACGUAUGGUGAAAGGGAGCUUUUGCGCCAGGGCCAGGAAUCGUUUAUCAAGAAGAAUUGUAGAAAUGUUACGGUGAAGAUGCAAAAGGGUGGUUUUCACGAUGUGAUGCUUUCGGUGGAAACGAGGAAUUUGGGGUCGCCCGAGGACAUUGUGGCCGGGAGGCAUAAGAAGAAAUGGGGGUACAGUCAGCUGGCGCUGUUUCUUGAUGCGAUUGCGACCUAG